GAAAGCGCUAGACGUGUCCUGUGUGAGGUGUUCUGGUACUUCAGGCAGCAUUGAUGUUUUGGUUUAAUCUUCAGCAUGUUAUAUUUACUGUUACUAAUAAAGUGACUUAUACGUAUCUUAGUCUUUUCAAAGUUAGAUUUUUGUAAGCAGUUAUAAUGAAUACUAUAUUUGCAGUUUGCCUCGUUUUUUUCGGUUGUUGCAGCAACGUUGUUUUUUUGGAACUUUUAGUAAGGGAGUUCCCAGGAUGUGGGAACAUUGUCACCUUCGCACAGUUUGCCUUCAUUGCCCUCGAAGGGUUUGUGUUUGAAGCCAGUUUUGGAAGGAAGAAACCAGCUAUUCCUAUGAGAAACUACAUCAUCAUGGUAACAAUGUUCUUCGCUGUCAGUGUGAUCAAUAACUACGCCCUCAACUUCAACAUUGCAAUGCCUUUGCAUAUGAUCUUCCGCUCAGGCUCACUGAUUGCAAAUUUGAUCUUGGGUGUGAUCAUCCUGAAGAAAAGGUACACAUUGACUAAAUACCUCUCCAUAGUGCUGGUCUCUGUGGGGAUCUUCAUCUGCACAAUCAUGUCAGCAAAACAAGUGCACAGCACUGGUGAGGAGGCCUCCGAGGAGCAGGGUUUCUACCCCUUUCUGCGCUGGCUGCUUGGUAUUGCCAUGCUGACGUUUGCCUUGCUCAUGUCCGCCAGAAUGGGCAUUUUCCAGGAAACUCUGUACAAACAGUACGGGAAGCACUCCAAAGAAGCUCUCUUCUACAACCACUGCCUGCCUCUCCCAGGGUUCCUGUUGCUCGCCUCUGACAUCUACAGCCACUGUGCCCUCUUCAGCCAGACUGCUCCCAUGGAGGUCCCGGUAAUUGGGAUCGCCAUUCCUGAGAUGUGGUUCUACUUGCUGAUGAAUGUCAUCACUCAAUACGUUUGUAUACGGGGCGUGUUCAUCCUGACUACGGAGUGUGCAUCGCUCACGGUGACCCUGGUAGUGACGCUGCGGAAGUUCGUCAGCCUCAUCUUUUCCAUUCUGUACUUCCAUAACCCCUUCACGGGUUGGCACUGGUUUGGCACAGCUUUUGUGUUCCUGGGCACUCUCCUGUACACCGAGGUGUGGAGCAGCAUCCGCACUGCCAUGCAGGGGCCGAAGGAUGCUGCCAAGAAGGCAGAGUGACCUGGGCUACCAGAAUUUCCUGCCAAGGGGACCAGGUGUCCUGCGUGUCCAGUUUGCAUCCAACCCACUAAGCUCAGCCACGGCGCUUUUGCCUUUAGAAACCUACUUCUCCACGUAGCCGUGAGCCACCUCUUUCGAAUUCACCUCCAGAUAAGCGUACUUUUGUCAACUUUAGACAAAAAUUUUUUGUAUAGGCAGGUCCAGCCAUUCGAAAUGGGAUGGUAUAGAAAAUAAUGCUUAUUGAUUUUUAAACGCCGCAUCAUUACUUUUUUGUGUGUAUUUAUUUUAGGUUACAGAAAUACCGAAUCCAGUUGGGUUCAACAGUUUUUUUCCGGACACAACUGUCCAUUUAUGGUAAGAAGGUUGUCUUCAUCAGCCUAGUGAUGCAGUGGCAACUAAAGCUACUUGAUGAUGAUAUGAUGCAGCUGUGGAAACAGGAGGCAUCUUGAGAUCUGUAUGGGGCCACUUUGUUGAACCUUUUAAACAAUAUGUAAAGAAACUUGAAAGACAACCAUGCAGAGUGUCUCUGCUGACUUGAAACCUUUCGAUGCAGUGAUCUGUUGUAGUCCUGUGAUACAUGUGUACCUCAUUUUUAAUCUGUUUCCCUCAGGCCUUUGAUCAGUUUGUGUUCACUUGGGUAGACUCAUAUCAACAGAUCAAUAUUGUGUGAAAUGUAAUUAAAAUAUGACACAGUCAAAG